AUUACUGUCAUGGCAGCCUCAACAACAUCAAAGUCUGAACUGAGAAAAAAGCUGAGUACAGCUGGCCUUACAGUAGACGAGAUUCUGUCAGCUCUAGAAUGCAGUGACAUAUCAGAAAUAGAGGACUUGUUGAGCGACGACGAGAAUGAAAAUAAGGAAAUGUUUUUUCCGGCAUCUCAGGCCUAUCGCAGACGAGAAGGGGCAGCUUCUCCAGACCCUGUUGAUGAAGACCAGGCUGCUGAGGAAGAAAAGGCUGCUGAGGAAGAACAGGCUGCUGAGGAAGAACAGGCUGCGGAUGAAGAAAUAAACAAAACUAAUCAUGCGAUGCAGGAAGCUAAUGCAACACAUUCAUCUCUAACACAUGAUAGGUUACCUUUCAUUGCGAAGGAGAACAUCAAUUGGAAACCUAGAGGCGUUCUCUUUGUCACUCCCCCAAUGAAUUUUGAUGCAAGCCACACAUAUGAAGAGUUGCUAACACCCUUAGAGUACUUUCUCCGCUAUGUUACAGACGAAAUGUUUGAAACUAUGGCAAUGUGUACUAAUAUCUAUGCUCAUCAAAGUAAUUGUACAAAUUUUCAGUGCUGUGAUGCAGCAGAAAUAAAAAAAUUUGUUGGGCUCCACAUUAUGAUGGGAUGUUUAGGUCUUCCAAGAACAAGAUUGUAUUGGGAUACAGCUAUGGAUAUUCCAUUAUUCAGUACCAUGAUCAUCAACAGAUUCUUCAAGUUGCGCUCCAAUUUACAUUGUGUAGACAACUUAGAAAAGGAAGAGAGCAAUACGGACCGUUUCUGGAAGAUACGGCCACUUGUAAAUACAAUUCGUAAAAGAUGUCUUGAACUUAAACUAGAACACCAGCUUGCUAUUGAUGAGAAAAUGGCUCCUUUUAAAGGAAAACUAAAUGUUCUGCAGUAUGUCAGAGGAAAACCUAACCCAUGGGGAGUGAAGAUAUUUGUGUUAUCUGGCAGGAGUGGACUCUGUUAUGAUUUCUUACUGUAUCAAGGAUCAACCACAGAAAUUGAUACAGUGUUAUCUUCUAAAUUUGGCCUAGCAGCAUCUGUUGUUUUGCAUCUAACUCAAAGAAUAGAUACACUAAACCAUCACUUAUUCUUUGAUAACUAUUUUUCUUCCUACAAUCUUCUGAACUGUCUGAAAUCUAGAGGCAUUUGGGCUGCAUGUACCGCGAGAGUUAAUAGGUUUGCAGCUCCCCCUCUAAUGUGUGACUCUGAAAUGAAGAAGAAAGAAAGAGGAUACUCAGAAGAAGUGCUAAGUGAAGAUGGCGUUGUGAUGACCAAAUGGCUCGACAGUAAAACAGUACUCAUGGCUUCUAACUUUGUUGGGAAGGGAGAUAUGGAUAAAGUACGCAGAUGGGAUAAAAAGAAUGCAACAUAUGUUUACAUACCUAGACCUGAAGUUAUCAGACUCUAUAAUAAUUCAAUGGGGGGUGUUGAUAAACUUGAUUUCUUAAUUAGCCUCUACAGAAUCAGCACUCGUUGCAAGAAAUGGACCAUGAAGUUGAUUUUCCAUUUCAUUGAUCUAGCUAUUACAAAUGCCUGGCUUGAGUAUGUCACAUCUGCAAAACAGAACCAUGUACCUGCCAAAGAAAUAAUGGACUUGUUGCAUUUUAGGCUCAGAGUAUCGGAAGCGCUAGUGAAAUGUGGAACCAAAAAAACUGUUGUAAAAGGGGAAGACCCAGCAGCAGUUCGCCCUUUGAGCAAGCUCCAGAGAUCAAAAAGAAGCGCAUGAGAGAAUCACGACCAAUCCCAGAAGUUCAACAUGAUCAAUGUGGCCAUUUUCCUGAAUAUUCAACAAAAAAAAUAAGCAGGUCGCUGCAAGAAGAUUGGGUGCAUGAAAAAAACAUUUUGGAAGUGUUCCAAAUGUGACGUGUCCCUGUGCUUACAGAAAGAACGUAACUGUUUCAUGUUGUUCCAUCAGUAAUAUUCUAUAUAUGUGUUUUACUUCUUCAAGAAAUACUCAAUUGGUAUUGCAAUUUAUAACAAUUGUAUGUUUUUGUAACUUUUUAGUUUAGGACCUUAAAUCAGAAAAUGGGACUUACUGUAAUAAUGUCCAUCCCAAUGGACAAUACAUAAUCUAUUAGAGUAAUUUUGGCCAUCAUGAUGGACAUGCUGUAAUGGACAAAUUAUUAUUGUGGUAUUUUCUGUAAAAAUAUAUAUUAUAUCUUAUUACUUUACUAUUAAAAAAAAUACCCUCAAAAUUUUUUUUAUGUCUUUUUGUAAAAUACUGACCGAAAGGGUUAA